GGGGCGGAGGAAGAGAGAAUGUGGCAAAAGUCAAUUGGCUCUUCGGAAGACGACGCAGGAAGUUUUAAUUUCUAGUGAUUCACAUUCGCCGUCCUCGCGAUAUGGGGUGCAGACUUUGGAAGAGAUGCAUCAGAGGCCACCUGCGCACCUGAGGGUACCUGAAAGCGAUUGCGUGCUUUGGUCUAGCUCCUGUAACAGUAAGCAUCGAAGAACCGUAUCGCGUGCACCUGGAGUUCUCCAGGAAAAGCGAUCAUGUUAUUUUGAGAUCUUGCCGGAAGCCGAAAGUCGGAUGUGCACAUGCCGCGAUCCAGAAAUAAGAUUUGUCGGUUGCGAAGAGGUGAUAAUGUCAGAGCGUAGAAAUUUCUUGUGGAAGGAUUUAAUUUCAGUGGAGUCUUCUUUAAUUAAACAGAAUAAAUCAAUUAACCUUUUUUUUUUGGCUUCGCUUUACAUCUCAGAUCGUCAAACUGUACUGAAGAAAGAGUUGCAAUUCAUUAACUGCUUGAGUUCGUAAAAUUUUUAUGAUAAUGUGUAGACUAAGUUUGCACUUAUUUUGGGCAGUGUCUGAACUUUUAAGCACAAGUAUAGAGUGCAUAGAGAUAUGUAUGCCACUCGUCGGAUAUAUUGAGAAACUAAGUUCCAAGUUUACUUUAAAUAAGCAAUACUCCAAACACGAAUACCUAUCGAUAUGACUGUCAGUGCAUGAUUACAUGUACACAAAAUAAUCUGUGGAGAACUUAUGACGUAUCGAUUCCAUGCACGCGCCAUUAGAAUCUAUUUGUUUCUGUGGAGGAGAAGCCAAUCCUCAACGUGGAAUGACCGAAAAUUGCUUGGAUGGACCCUUCGUGUUCAGACUCAACGAAAAUGGUGUGGGACCAAACCUUCUUGUACAGGUAUGCACGGAACGAGGAUGGAGAGAGUACACAGGUGACAACGCAUCUUUCAAGGAUCGUUGGAACUUAUGGUGGAAGUCGGGAGGAUUCUCUCAAUCUUAUUACAAGACUUUACAUCCUGGGCAGUUCAUCAAUAGAAUACCAAAAGGAAACUCAAUCUGCCGAAAAGACAAUCUCGUGCGACACUUGAAAUGCAUGAAAAAAAUAUACGGUUCGAUGUAUGAUUUUAGUCCUUUAGGAUAUAAUUUACCCUCUGAGUAUACGAGAUUAGCCGCCGACUGUAGUCGUUGUGAAAAAGACGAUAGAAUUUGGAUAUGCAAGCCUGUGGGCCAAAGCCAAGGAAAAGGAAUUUUUCUGUUUAGGAAAUUAAGUGAUUUGACCUAUGACAGUGUGGCAGUAGUACAAAGGUACAUACAAAAUCCUCUUUUAAUCGGAGGUUAUAAAUUCGACCUCAGACUGUACGUCUGCGUCCCAUCUUAUAGCCCUUUGGCCAUUUAUGUGUACAACGAGGGCUUAGCUCGUUUUGCCACAGAGAAAUUUUCACUAGAGAAUUUAGAUGAUCCAUUACGUCAUUUGACUAAUUUUUCAUUGAAUAAACUGGGACCAGGUUACUCAGAAAGAAAGGAACGGGUUGGCGCAGGUUGCAAAUGGACAUUUAGACAAUUGAGACGGUAUCUAGCACAAGCAGGUUACUGUGAUUGGCUUCUGUGGCAACAAAUUGCGUGUAUAAUCAGUCUGACCAUUCUGAGCCAAGCUGCGGGCAUUCCUCGAUCUUCAAAUUGUUUUGAAUUUUUUGGCUUUGACGUCCUUAUCGAUGAAAAUCUGAAACCUUGGCUUUUGGAGGUAAACGUGAGUCCUGCUCUAAGUAACGAUUGUGAGGUAGAUUCUGAAGUAAAAAAGCCUCUUCUACACGAUCUUUUUGAUUUGCUGGGACUACCAGUUCGCAACACUGGACUUUCUCUCUUCACAAUUUGGAAUUCUACUAAUAGCAUAGAGGAAAACGACGAUGACCCAGCAAGAUGCUUUCCAGGUCGUUGCCAAAAAGCAAGAUGCAAAUUGGGAAGGGAAGCUUUGGCCCUCGUUGAUGUUUGUCCUGAAGCUCGAAAUUUGUUGAGGCAAACGCCGGAAGUGUGUUCGGAUAACUGGUCUCGGCACAAUUCCUUACUUUCUGAAAAAACUCUUCGCCGUGGUUUUAAAGGAACUGUAAAUGAAGAAAGUCCAACCAAUUCAGUCUGGGACAAUGGGAAGGAUUGGAAGAAUCCAAGCGCUAGAGAAGGAGGGUGGAUAAGGGUCUAUCCAACCACAAUGAAGAAAUCCGCCAACUCGAAUGUAUUCCAAACUUCAUUUUCGGAAAUCCCUCGUGUGAUCGAUAAGGAAAUAAAAAAUAAUGUGCUGUGCAUACAAAAAUACCUGAAAUCUGCUAAAAACAUUCAGAGGCAAUUUGGAAAACAAGGAGAUGCAGUGUGUAAUGUAAUGCUGCAAAGGGCUUUAGAUAUGAAUGGACAAGUUUGGCUGCCAGAAAAAUGACGAUUUUUGUUGAAGUUAUUAUAUCGCCGACGUGCUCGAUCAAAAUCUCAUGU